CGGCGAGCUUGAGAGGGGAGUUCUUUGGCGUGAGUGAGCAGAAGUAUUCUGAUUAAUUAUUUUGUAUAGUAUUUUAAAAUGUAACGCCAGUACGCCAUAUUAAGUUAAUUACCUGCGAGCUUCUCCUCCUGUCUGUACGGUAAUGAGACAGAGAGUCAGUGAUUAUGACGCAAUCGUUAGCCUAUUUUUACAAAAACUGUUUAUACGGGGCCAUAAUGUAACAGAAGGUAAUGGAGCCCUUUAUACGUUGUUGUGUAUCUUUAAAAAUAAAUAAUGGACAAACGGAGUCUUUAAACGCCUCAGAUGUAAAGUUAUUCGCUGUCAAAGUGACGCCAAAAUGAAUGGGAGUUAAUGGGAAUGCUAACGCAAGUGAAGUUCUGCUAUAAAAUGGCAGCCCCCACCCGACUUCAACUUCCGGUCGACUUCCUUGCCGCCUGUAGUUGACUCCUUUUUAGUGUGUUUCGACUUUUUUGUAUGGAUAAAGGUGGGGAAGAUGUCAAUAAAUGUAACUGUCAAUAAAUUGUGUAUGGCAAGUGUGUAUGAUGGAUAUCAAUCAUUUCUUCACAUUAGCAGAGCCUCCCCCGUGUUGAUUGGAUGGGUAAUCUGCACAAACUGUCAAUCAACUGGUCGUCAUGGAAACAGGCGCUUAAAGUGCUGUGAGUCUCUGAGCGCGGCAGAUCUGUGAGGGGAUUUAUCAACACUCUUGGAAUCUCAUCACCCCAGACAACCGUGAAAAUACUUUACCUCGUGCUCUGUGCUGUACAGCAUCUCCACAUCUUUAAACUGACAGUAUGUAAGCAGAAAAAACACCCGCUUGUGUAAUUGAUCCGUUAUUGCCAGUGUGGACUGCUAUUGACUUUGGUACUGUUUGAUUAACAAUGUCCACACAAGAGACAGAAUUACCCGACAGUGAGGAGAGGGUGGGUUUGAAGAGAAAACUGACGGGUCCUCCGAGACUUUUGCUGGGAAAGUCAAAAUCAAGGGAGAAACUGGAAGGUAAAUCUCAGAGAAGGCAAAGACAAGCUAAAAGUUGUGAUAGCACAGCGGAGAAUAAUGAUCAAGAAAAUUAUGGAAAUGAAUCCUCACUUAUUACCCACCACAGCCCAGAAAAGCCCUCAGAGGAGAAGGAAACCCAGCCAGAUGCUCCAGGAGAUAUCUCAGGAAUUCUUGUAACAUUGGAGCAUAAUGAAAGCAAAGAUGAAAAUAUGGAAAGUAAAACAAAAAUGACCAGAAGCACUUCAAAAACAUCCAUUAAAAGGACGUUUUCCUCACUCCUCAGGUGUGGAAAGAGGGAGGAAUCAGACAGAAGAGAAAAUGAGAUUUUGAAUCAUGAAAAAAUGAGGAAAAACAUAAACGAAACUCAGCACAGUAUGUGUAACUCCAUGGAUGAGAAUAAACUGAAUGAUGUAAACAAUGAGGCUCCUAAGGGCAAAAGUAAAAUUAGGGCUUUCUUUAUAGUGUGGCCCCUUUCUAAGAGAUCUACCACAUCCAAUGUCAAUCUUGGAAGGGGAUGUAGAGAGCAAGACAACAGCAUGGUUUAUCAAGAGAUAACGGCACCAAAAGGUUUGACAUUUAAAAAGAUCUCCCGCAUCUUUCCAAGAAAGAAGAAAGCAUCUCAUAUUGAUCAGUUUGAGUACAAUGCUCCCAAGGAAUCACAAAAAGAAGAAGCUGAUCAACUGAAUCAAUCACCUGAGGCUGCUUUGGACAUUUCCUGUAAAGAAAAAAAAGAACAAGAUAUAAAAUUAGAAAGCAUUCCAGAGACAUUUAAAUUCAGUGCAGAGGUGAGCGUUAACACACAUAUCGAGUCUGACCACAUGGAUGAGAAGAAGGAAAUAUGUCUUGACCAAGAUGUUCAUUUAAAUAAAGAAGAAAACCAGGUAUUAAAAACUAAUGGUGUUUUGGAAUAUGAGGUUCCUCCAUCAUGUUGCAGUGAGUUUCCAGGCACAUCAUCAGGUGGUGUCUUAAUUGAGAAGCCUCUUAAAAAUUAUGUCAAAUGCAAGCCAGUGAUUACCAUAGAGCAAGCAUAUUCAUCAGAGGAAGAAAACAUGAAUGAGACACCUCAGUUUGAUGGUCUCACAGUGAAUGGAUCCUGGCAACAUUUAAGAAUAAACAGCCUAAAAAUCAACACACUGCGUCCUUCUGACCCAAAUGUGUCUCCAGAACUGGACCACAGCCAUUGUAAUGAGACCUUGCUGAUUCAGACGGCAGUUUCAAUGGUGCAAGCAGCCAUUCGUGGCGCUGUGGAGCAACUCACAAUCGAGCAGCAGCACAAUCCGUAACCACACAUCAUCUGUAUUCUUUAUUUAGCAAAUGGUUUCAUAUUUCUCUAUGAUGGUAUAAAUAAAGCUGUGUGUAACAGAUGGAAAAAAGAGAAAAGGAACUGGUGUUUAUAAACAAACAAUGGUGAUGUUUAUUAUUGAUGUCUGAUUGUGGAAAAGUUUGUAAUAUUAUGUCAUUUUAAUGAUGUAAGUUCGUACUUGCAUGAUUAACUUUUGUCAUAUAUUCAUUAAUAUUA